GUAAUAACUCUUUUGCGUCAAUCAUAACUUCAAUGAAUUGGGAAUAAAGAAUUUGUUUUGGUUCUCUGAGCCCAAUAUGAAGCCCAUCUGUCAAAAACGGUCCAUGUUAACGUUUAGGCAAUUAGACUAGGCAGAGGUGGCAGGUUGGCGUCCAGUCAGAGCGAUUGCAAGGCGGGGACAGAGAGCAAUAGAGUCGUCGUCGUUUUACGUUUCCAUCUUCUCAUCUCAAGUGAGAGAGACUCAGAACUGUAGAAGGAAAAAAGAAGAGAUCCCAACAGAUCUUCGAUCAAGGAAGCAAAUCGAACAACAAUAACUAGAAGAAAGAAGAAAAAGGAAGAUGUUGCCAACGGUUAGCAAAACGCGUUCGUCGCCCACUGCAUCUCGACCUAACCCCAUGUUCCCUCAGUACCUACGUCGAAUUGUGAAGUGGCAACAAAUGGAUAUUGAAUAUACAUUCUGGCAAAUGCUUCACCUAUGUACUGCCCCAAAGGUCGUGAACUUGAAAAUAUGUUUAUUUAUCUUUUUGGUUCAGAAACCAAGAACCAGUGGGCACGUGACGACCCUGCUUUUGUUGUAAUAUGUAGCCUUCUUUUGGCAGUUGCAACAGUAGCUUAUUGUGCUGCGUAUGAUCACAGUGCUGCACAUGCUGUUUUUGUUGUUAUUUCAGUAUUGCUUUUCCAUUUUUUACUUGCUGGUGUAUUUCUGGCUACAUGUUGUUGGUUCUCGACAAAUGCUUACCUUCGGGAAGAGGCUCCAAAUAGUCAUGUUGUUGAACAACGGGUUGAAUGGCUGUACGCAUUUGAUGUGCACUGCAAUUCUUUCUUCCCAAUGUUUAUAAUGCUUUAUGUGAUUCAUUAUUUUCUGUCACCGAUUCUGGUAGCCCAUGGUUUUAUACCUGAACUGCUGUCAAAUCUGCUUUUCGUGGUGGCAGCUUCUUACUAUCACUACCUCAACUUUUUAGGUUAUGACGUACUUCCCUUUUUGGAGAGAACAACCUUUUUCCUCUAUCCAAUUGGUGUAGUAAUCAUUCUAUCUCCUAUCUUGAUUUUAAGUGGCUUCAAUCCUUCAAGAUAUUUUAUGAAUAUAUACUUCAGCCAAAGGUUAUGAUUUUCUAACCCUCCAGAAUAUAGCACGAAUUAUUAGAUCAGUGACUAGUUUGGAGGCUGCAUGAAUGUUAGAAGGCUUGAUGAUUUGCAUACAUGUAAAAGGGAGAAAUGCAGCAAAAAUGAGAAGAGAAAAAAAGGGUAACCUCAACCUGAAGAAGCCUUUGUAGCCUUCUUCAUGGUUUUUUCUUACCAUCAGGAGCAGAAAUCAGAACCAAAUGAACUUAGGCUAGAAAAUGAAUUUUCAGUGAUUAAGAUGACUGAUCAAAUGGAGCUAUUCGAAAUGUAAUGAUUUGACCAUUUGUUUCUUGUUAAUAUAUAGUGUUCUAUCUCAAAUAAUUGCUGAUGGGAUUUGCAUUUUUGUGUUUUACAUGUAUUUGUCAUAUUUUAUAAUACCUGUGGCUGUGUUCAGAUGAUAACUUCACCAUUUGAUGGAUUGUGCCAAUUAUUGAUGAGAUCUGUAAAACUAUUGCUUUGUCGAAACGAGUUUAAUGUAUCGGCUGUAACCAAAUUCAGGCUCCAUAAAGCUGGACUUCUCAACUGUUGUAGAGUUUCCGGGUACCGGUGAUGGGCUGUGUUUGUGCAAAUUGUUUGUAUUAGUUUAGCCAAGAAGCUUUCAGCUGGAGUGUUAUAAUCCUUGAAAUCCUUCCUUUUUCCCAUGCCUCUAUUGCAUAUCGGAUGAUUCUUCCCAAUAUUCUUGGUCUAAACUUUUAUUGGGGAAGUCAUUUCUGGGUUUAAACUUACAAACAAAAAAUCAUGGACUUCGCCUUUUUAUUCCAUCGGUGUUGGGAAGAAUUCUCUUGAAAAUUGAUCGUAAAAACUCAACACCAAUCGGAAUAAAAUACUAAAAAUAUUACAAAUUCUUCCGAGUCCCUAAAACAAAAGAUUGAUAGGGAGUGGGUUUAGAUGGGUGAAAACAGAACAAGAGAGCUUGCUACAUGGUAAGGCAAAAAGGAAGUAACUGAAAAAGAAAACACUUACAAAUCAAACUGAAUUACAUUAGUAGUGCUAUAAUUAAUGAACUUCGACUCCCCAAAAAAAAAAAAAAA